GUGACUUGUGUGCACUGACAGUUCCCAUCAGAUAAGACCAGUUCACUGUGCUCUUGCUCAGCUGCAGCUUUAAAGGCUGCACACCUCCGAUUGAUGCUCUCUGACACCACGGCCUAGUCAAUCUAUUACAGACACCCAGCACACGGGAUCUCACAGUGCGAGCAGCGAUUUACACUCCAGAGCUUUACAGUGAACCACUGUAUCACCACAACAGUACAGUGUCUGAUAGAUCAUGAAGCUGAGACUUUCCAACCCAGGCCUGGAUGACAGGAUAUUGUCCCAUCAGCAGCUGGACAAGCUGGAAGAAGACGAGGCUGGAGACAGACCAAAGUGGGACAACAAGGCCCAGUACAUGCUGAGCUGUGUGGGCUUUUGUGUGGGACUUGGAAACGUGUGGCGUUUCCCUUAUCUGUGUCAGAGUCACGGAGGAGGUGCAUUUAUGAUACCAUUUCUCAUCCUGCUGGUCCUUGAGGGAAUCCCGCUUCUCCAUCUGGAGUUUGCUAUUGGUCAGCGUUUAAGAGCAGGCAGCAUGGGAGUGUGGUCUGAAAUUCAUCCUUACUUAGCUGGCAUCAGAAUCGCAUCCAUGUGUAUAUCUCUGACAGUCAGCCUCUAUUACAACACCAUCAUCGCCUGGAUUAUGUGGUACUUCUUCAACUCAUUUCAAGAUCCACUGCCUUGGAGCCAAUGUCCCAUGGAUGCCAGUUUAACAGGAUUUGUCUCAGAGUGUGAGAGGAGCUCCCCGGUGGAUUAUUUCUGGUACAGGAAAACUCUGAACACACCUCCAACUAUUGAAGAGGACGGUGGGCUGCAGUGGUGGAUUUUGCUAUGUCACAUUUGUGCCUGGUCGGUGCUCUAUAUCUGCACAAUUCGUGGGAUUGAGACCACCGGGAAGGCUGUGUAUGUGACUUCAACCCUCCCCUAUGUGGUGCUGACUAUAUUUCUGAUCAGAGGAUUGACCCUGAAGGGCUCUUUAAAUGGAAUUAAGUUUCUCUUCACACCAGAUUUAACAGAGCUGGCCAAACCAACAACAUGGCUGGAUGCUGGUGCUCAGGUUUUCUAUUCCUUCUUUGGUGGCCUCAUUUCCUUCUCCAGCUACAACUCAGUGCAUAACAACUGUGAACAGGAUGCAGUGAUCAUCUCCAUCAUCAACGGCCUCACGGCUGUCUAUGCUGCAACCGUCAUUUACACCAUCAUUGGCUUCAGAGCAACAGAGAGAUUUGACAACUGUCUUUCUGGAAACAUCCUAGCAUUACUAAAUGCCUUUGACAUGGCUGAGGGCAGCAUCACUGACAACCACUACAAUCAGGUUGUUCAACGCCUUAAUGAAACCCACCCCGAGGUUAUUCAAGGGAUCGAUCUGAAAACCUGCGACUUGACAACUUUUCUCAGUGAAGGAGUUGAAGGGACUGGUCUGGCCUUCAUUGUGUUCACUGAGGCCAUCACCAAGAUGCCCCUCUCUCCAUUAUGGUCUGUCCUGUUCUUCAUAAUGCUCUUCUGUCUCGGCCUGUCUUCUAUGUUCGGCAGCAUUGAGGGAAUUCUAGUAUCAGUGCAAGACCUCAAGGUCUUCCCCAAGACAUUGCCAAAAGAAGCAAUAACUGGUGUAAUAUGUGCACUCUGCUGCCUGGUGGGUCUGAUAUUCGUGCUCGGCUCAGGGAACUACUGGCUUUCACUCUUUGACACCUAUGGAGCAUCCAUCGCUCUGCUGGUUGUUGCAUUCUGCGAGAUGAUCUCAGUGGUUUACAUAUAUGGGAUAGACAGAUUCAACAAUGACAUAAAGUUCAUGAUUGGACACAGACCUAAUUUCUUUUGGAAGGCAUCAUGGAGAGUCAUCAGCCCACUCAUAGUGUUUUUAAUCUUGGUGUUUUACUUGGUCACUAAAGUUUCAGAAAAGCUCCUCUACAAAGCCUGGGAUCCUGAAUUGGAGAAAUUUCCAACACUGGAAGUAAAGCUGUACCCGCACUGGAUCUAUGUGAUCAUCUUUAUAUUGGCUGGGAUUCCCAGUCUUGCUAUACCUUUCGCUGCUAUCUGGAAAUGUCUACAGAAAAAGAGGAGGAAAAAUCAAAUCUAGCAAUUAUAUCACAGUCAAAUUUAAAUGAACAAUAAGCCCAGAAAAUCUCCAGCCCAACACCACUGAUCAAAUGUUUUAGAACACCGCAGUUUAAGUCUAUGACAGAUUUCUCAGGUUGAUGUUUCAGUGGAGUUAAAUAUUUUCAUGUGAUUAAGUAAUUAGAUUCUCAGGCUGAGACGAGGUGAUGUCAAAGAGAGAAAUCAUGUAGUAAAGAUACACGCAUCUGUCCAGCUGGGGUCACUGUUGUGACGUGUCAACAGAGCGUUUGAUCAGAAGUGAAUUAAAUAUUUAUUAAAUCAGAUGCACAUUGUCACGGGUGUAAAUGGAUUCUCUUCCCAGACAAUUCUGAGCAUGGAAUACUUCAUUUCCUGCAUUCUGGUGAAUUUUUAUGUAUCAAUUUGUGCCUUUUAUGCAUCAAUUUGUGGUAGAGAUGUCUUUAUUUAUGGAUGGAAAAUGCACAAUCUGGGCCAAAUACCAGGUGGCAAUUCAAAAAAGAAAAAUAAAGGAAUAUGAUGUGAUAAAGCUUACAGGUAUUCCAUAUUAUGAUGAAAUACAUGGUAUCCUAUAGAUCAACUUUUGUAAUUUAAUAUUAUCUCUAAUGAGACAACAGAUGGAUGUAGGGAAAAUUUACUCUCCCCUCCUCUUUUGAGCCUUUUGUUUACUCUUUAAAUGAACUUGUGCCACCUGUUUGCAUCAAUGAUGAACUGAUGUAUUUUAAUUGAUAUGUAGAUCUCUGGACCUUAUUAGCUGAUAUGUGUGUAAGAAAGAAAUUAGCUUUUGAUUAAAACUUAUGUGUAAUUUUGGAAUAUAUCAUUCAUAUUAGAGGCUUUUCUACAUCUAUCUAUGAGUCAAUGUGCAGCAGUUUGAGCUUCUCUCUUAUUUAUAUUUAGGAGUCCAAAUGCAAGUAUUACAAAUUCUUGUGGAAACCUAUCCUUCAGCAAUCUAUCUCUGUUUUCCUCUGGGUUUAAAGUCGCUUUUUAACUUCACUCUGUGCUCUCUGUUUUUCUGGUAGGAAUAAUACAUGCAGUUGGCAAUAUUUUGUAUGAACAUGAUGGAGAGUAUAAAUUUAAUGAAGAACUUUAUACACUACGUGUU